CUAUAUCUGAGCAUUCUUGAUAGUGGACACAAUGUAGUUCACUAAAAUGAAGAUACCAGUUGUCUCAUUAUUUCUGUUGUCUAACGUUGCAGUUUUAGUUAAUUGUCAGUGUCCAAGUGGAUGGACUCAGAAUGAAGAUAGCUGUUAUUUCCUCCACACACAUGAUAAAUACGACUGGGCUGAAUCUCAGGUGUUUUGCAAGGGACAUCGUGCACAUUUAGUUUAUAUUGAGACAAAGGCUGAAAAUGAUUACUUAAAGGGAAUGUUUGCUCAGAGACUAAGAAACAGCACGGACCAUAAUGACCAUGUAUGGCUGGGAGCUACUGAUGAGAUAGAGGAACGCAAGUUUGUAUGGUAUGGUGUAGAACAGCCUGUGACCUUCACUGACUGGGGACCACACGAGCCCAACAGCAAUCCAACCUGGGGACGAGAAGAUUGUCUAGUGGCAAGGGCAAACUAUGGCUGGAAAUGGGCAGAUUUAAACUGCCAUAAUGUUAAUUAUUUCAUUUGCGAGAAACCAGUCCCUGAUGGAUCUGCUGUUGGAUAAAAACAUGUUGGAAAGUACUCUGACUUUUCCUUUGGCGUUGUAAUUAACUAGAAUAAACAAGAACCUAUCGAA